ACAAGAUUAAGUUCAUAGUUGUCAUGGUAUUAUUUCUAUUUAUAAAUGGUUAGAGUACAGUAUAAAUUGACAUUCAAAUUUUGAAACAAAGACUGAACAUUGAAAAUGAUGCUAGAUCUAUUCAACCGUUUAUUUUACAUUCUGCUUGGAAUCUUACGGAUGAUAUUUCAGUUACACAAUGAACCAACACCACAGUUCAUUAAUGCAACAACAGAUUAUAUCACUACUGAAGGAAUCAUUAGUCCGACAGAAAAUGUUACCCACUCAAUGUUCACUGUACAAGAUAUCUAUAGAACAGGAAAUGAAACAGAACAAACCACAUUAAAGUUACACAAUGAACCAACACAACAACUCAUGAAUUUAACAACAGAUUAUAUCACUACUGAAGAAAUCAUUAGUCUGACAGAAAUUGUGACUCAUCCAAUGCUCACUGUAGAGGAUAUCUAUAGAAUAGGAAAUGAAACAAAAAAAACCACAUUAAAGAUAAUUCAGUCAUAUGAUAAACAAGUAACAACAUUUAUUCGUUCACCAUUAAAUCACAUUGAUUUACAAGGAAAUGUUUAUCAGCCAAAAAUAGUCCCCAGUAACAAAUUUUGUGCUUCUAAUGAUGUCCACAAUAUAAGAAAUCAAAUUAAAAGACAAAACUAUGAACGGGUUUUACAAAUUUUAUUAACACGAACAAAUGCUCAACGUCAACAUAUUGUACAUUAUUACAAAACUUUUGAAAUGUCAUUAAUAAAAGAAAUGGAGAACAUUCAACCGAAUAAUUUGAAACUAUUAAUUGAAGAUCUAUUGACAGAUACAUCAAUUUUAUUCGCAGAAGAAUUAUAUAAAGCAAUAUCUACUUCGAAUAUACAAAUCACAACCAGUCUAUUGAUUGAUUUCUGGGGUGAUGAAUUCGAUCAAGUGAAAAAUGUUUAUAAAUUAUAUUCAAAUGAAUCAAUCUGGAAGAGUAUAGAAGAAAGAUUCGGAAAACCAACAGAAGAUUUUCUACAAUGUGUAGUUCAAACAAAAAAAGUUAAAAUUAAACAAGAAACAAACGAAGAUACAUUUAGUAUACCCAUAGCUAACAUGAGUGAAGUGAAUAAAACUUUUCAUGAUUUAUUGAAACUGAAGAAUUCAGCGAAAGAUACUGAACAACAAUUGGGUAAACUUCUAUGUAAACUUAAUCCAUUUCAAUUAGAAGCAUUAGAAAUGAUGUAUCAACAAGAUUUAAAAAGAACAUUUUCUGAAGUUAUUCAACGUAGAUCAUCUGGUCAAAUGCAUGAUCUCUUGUUGUCACUUUAUACUUAUUCUGUAAACAAACCAAUGUAUUUCGCCACAUUAUUUCAUGAUGUACUUCAUAAAGAACUCAUCAGUGUGUUAACUGCUCAACGUUUACUUAUAUUGCGUUCAGAAGUAGAUUUACAAUUAGUAUGUGAUAUCUAUGAUGCAAUGUAUGGAAUAUAUUUGUCAGAUGAUGUCAAACAGAAGUACUUUGGUAAACAAGAUAAUGCAUUGACAAAUCUUUUGAAGUUAGAAGGAACACAUGUUCUUUAUUAGUCGUUAAUGUAGCCGUUUGGAUAGAACAAAUGAUUAACCAGACACAUCGAUGAUGCAUGAUAUAACAGCUAACAAAACUAGUUUGUUUGUAAAACGUAUGUGUUUGCAACUUCUUCUUUGAGAUAUAACUUUUUAUGUUGAUUAUGGUUUUCAUUCCGUCAUACAUAAUCUAUUAUUGAAUAAACCCUCUGAGUAAACUGUAGUGAGCUCUGAUCGCUGUAAACAAGAAAGAAACUAUGCGGUGGUCGAUAUCCGAUAUUAUCUUUUAACAUGGUGUAUUGUUCGUUGUGAUAACCGUUACUCGAUAACGUCCUAACGGUGUAGAAAUCAGAAGGCGAAUACGAAGGGUUGAUUGCGUUUACUAUUGGACCACACACAGAUAUCCAAAUUUACAGGCACGUUAAGCAAACAUGAAAGAGUAGUGCCGUAAAGCAGGCGAGUGAGUGGGAGAACAAUUGAUCGAGUAAGUGAGUACAGUACAGUGCACUGAACAGGCGUUCAUAAUAAAGGUACAAAAGUAUAAAUAGGUUGUUGUUGUUGUACGAAUGACUGUCCGUAAAAUAAGUUGACAAAAGGGCUUAGCCAAAUUAGAUGUAAACAAACUCAAUUCUAUGUGAGCUGCUAUAACCAUAAUCGCGAGACUUGUGGAUUAUAAAGGAAUUAUUGUUGUGCAUAAUAUUACUUCAGUUCGUGCGAACAAAAAGUCAAAGUAUUUCACUAUGAAGUUGAAUUCUAGGAGACGCUCCAACCACUCACAGGGAACUCACAAGAGACGGACAUGACCAAGCUGAUGGAUGAUCUAAAUGCCAGACUCAGAAUGGACAACAACUGUUAUGAAGAUAUCAUGUGACGACAUGAACUGGGAGGAAAAAAUGAGAAUAGUGACAGAUUUGAAAGUUUAUGUUCAUUCAAUAAAAUGAUUACAGAUGGUGGUAUAUUCCCACACAAACGUAUUCACAGAGCUACAUGGGUCUCAUCGGAUCACACUACACAAAACCAGAUCGAUCAUAUUUACAUCAGUAAAAAAAUCGGAAGAAUAAUGAGAGUCGUAAGAGCCAGAAGAGGAUCUGACAUAGUUUGAGGUCAUCACCUGGUGGUUGACAGGAUGAAACGGUGGCUGACGAAAGAACAAACAAAUGGGGAUAUAACAUAACAAAAGUUCAAUACAACAUUUAUUCUAGAUACUGACAUAAUCAACGAAUUCAGGAUAGCUCUCAAUCACAAAUUCCAAGGCCUACAAGAUCUGCUCAAAAGAGAAGAAAUUACUGUGUGAAAUGUUCUUAUGCCUUGUCACUUUGUUCAACCUUGACCUAAUUUGUCCGGUAGUUUUUGUCAUAGACGAAAUAAUGAGUGCGCACUAUUUCUGGGCUGUCAACAAAUACUUCAAAAGCCUGGUUAGUGAUUACUCACUGUUAAUCAAGUGUCACUAGUUGAUGUCGUUUUACUUUAAGAACUGAUGAGUAUUCACAACGCUGAGUGUUUACAAUUCCUAGUCGUCAGGAUGACACCAUUGUCAAACUGUAGAACAAUUAUUAGGUAGGCUAACGGCCUUAAGAUAUGUCAUAGAUGAUAAGCAUUAAGCAAUACAUAAGUACUUAGUGAUUUCCUCAUCAAUAUUAUUUUGGUUACCUACCUAUGUAACCGCAACAGUUGUUCAGGUAUCAAUUUCAUAAUGAUGAACAGCAAAUAAUAUUUUCAUACUAUACAGUAAUCGCUACUCAUAUGUGCAUUAAUUGCAGAGCGAAAUAAAACAUAUGUCUAAAACAUUGAAUCACAUUAGUAGCCGAGAUAAUAUAAAUAUUUGUUGAAGUGUAAUAUUCCGUUGGUUGCUGAAAGGCAGAUGCAAUCAUUUAUAACAAGUGAGAAGGGGUUUGUCUGAUGCACUCAGGAAAUGUCACUUCACUGCUGGUCGCUCUCUCACCUCCACAUAAAUGUCUGGUGCACUCAGACGAAUCGACGACACAACUGUGCAUACAUUGUGGAACUAUUUCCUACAUUAUAGGAAUGCUACACUUUCUUUGAAUACUCAGUAGCAGUGUAUAUAAUGAUUGUAGUUCACUUGUGUACUCUUAAGAAAAUAGAAAAAUUUCAUUGAUAGUCUUAGAAGGUUUCCGGAUUUUCUCGCAUUCGAAACAUACAAUAUAACUGAUCUACUGUUCACAAGUCCUUGAAUAGCGAAACAUUUGGCAUACAGAUUCUUCAGAUCCCACGUGAAAUGAACCGUUUUGUUCACACUUUCCAGUAUGAUUACCACUGUAUAUGUCAUUGACCAGUUACGAUACUGUUCUAAAUUCUUUGAUGUAGUAGUUUGAAUGUUUGACAGUGAAGUGAUGAGAUCCAUAUGUUUCACUUUCAAGUUCAACUACAAGAUAGGAAGCCAUGUGUUAGGACUUUCGUUCACAUUAAAACGAAUAGUUCCUUUCACACGGAAAAUAGUUUGAUCAGAAUUGCAUAAUGAUGAUUGAUGAAUAUCAAAAUAUUCGAAGAGUACAAUUACUAGAGUGGAUGACUUUCUAUGGUGGACGGUUUUGAGAUUCAUUAUUCCGAUUGUUGUUACUUGGUCAGACUGACCUAUAAUUGAAGCUAUUGAUAAUCCAUGAAACCGAUGUGUUAUUGAAGAACCAUUGAAGUGAGUACCGUAAAAAAAAAUAUGGAAGAGAUUUUAUCGCAUUAUGGAUACUGUUUUGAGCACACGCUCAGACAAUUGUUAUUCAUCCACAGAUUAUCUUUCAUUUUAGCAAUGACAUAAUCAUCUUGUGCAAUCAUUAGGUCUAAUUACUUCACAUCAAAUUUACGAUGACUUGUCUGUGCACAUAUGAAUUCAAUGAUGAUGUGAAUGUGUUAUAUCACAUCGACUGUAUUAGUUAAUCAAUUGACUCAAGCCACUCAACAACUGAAAGCUUCGUGUAAACGAACUUAUUCUACCACAUUCAUUUGAUUGUAUGCUUUUGUGACCAGAUUGUAAUCUAUUCUCGUUCUCACCUGUUAACUGAUUUUCAAACUUUUUGGUCUGUCAGUCGUAGCUUCGUCUCUGUUCAUUCAUUGAUUAAUCAUUACGUAAAGUGAAGACGAGUAUUUAAGAUUUGUAACGAACAUUUUAGAUUCUUUUGAUCAUAAUUUUAACACACAUAGCACGACCAAAGUUUCUAACUGAUUUCUUGCCUAUAUCAAUUAAAACUAGAUUCGUCUAACGUGAAAAUCUUUGAUCUCUCAAUGUUGAUGAGAAGAAACACUGAGUCAAGCUAAUUGAACGUUGAUGAACUGAUUAAAAAAAUAAUAAUUUAUAGAUAGAUGGAUAGAUAGAUCUGUUAUAAGGAUAUUUCACGCCACCAAGCUACAUAUAAUUUUAUUGACUAAUCAUAGAUAAGUUAAGGAAGAUGAGCCCCUUCAUGUGUGUAUACCUAUUCAACUGCUUCUGUAGAGAGAGUUUCAUAGUCUGUACUCAGAGGACUUUAUCCAUGCGUGUUGGUGAACAUGUACCAGCAUGGUUGGGAAAGGAGUCGUCAAGUCAAUUAAUGGCAGUAUCACUUCUCACUUGGUAGAUAGUGAACAUCAUAUGAAAAGAGAGAAAGUUUUCUCUGUUUUUUACCUAGUUCCGAAACAUCUACCUCAGCGAAAGCUAGAUUUCGGUUACACUACAUGACCGAAACCAUGUGGAUCAACUCCAGAAAACCAAACUUAUGUAUUGAGAAAAGGUUUAUACAGGCUCUUUGUUUACCUUGGCUCACGACUGGAUCACCGGAUAUUUAAAGUGAAUAUUAUAAAACACUUACACGUCCUACUUUCUUUUGAUUACUUCUAUCUUAAUCUUCACAUCCAUCAUUCGAAAUUCGUUUUUUGUAAUCACCUGGAUAACACACCUCUUAAUGCGUAUUGUAUUCACACAACAAUAUUGUAAUGAUUACUAUUGUUGUCCCUUCUGCAAAUAUCAAUCCAUCGUCUCUGAUUUCAUUGUUCAUACAUUUUCACAUCAAUUGCGUCCCGUUCCGGACCUUUCGUUAUCGGUCUUAUACUGAAAUACACUCAAUGUCCGAUCAUCGUUAUAUACUACUUACAUGGAUAUAAGUAAAGUUAUUUGAACGUUGAUGAACUGAUCAUACAUAUAAAUCAUAAUUAGUAGAUAGAUGGAUAGAUAGAUAUGUGGAUAGAUUGGUUAUCACGAUGAAUGAAAUAAGUCGUUGAUUCGUCAAUUUGUACCCUGUGUAAACUGUGACAAAAUACGCAACACUUGUUGCUCAUCUGAUAAGUUGGUAACGAUUUCACAUCGAUUACAAUCUAGACCAUCUAUUUUUACAAAGACAGUUUCAAGUUUGUGUAAAUGUUGAUCCUUGAAAAAAUAAACAUGUUUACCGACUUCCAACACGUAUUUCAGUUACACCACAAGGUUCUCUCUCAUUAUUUCUGUUUUCCACAGAUCAUGAAAUAUCUUGUCAUCUUGGAGAGAUGUGAUAAGAUUCUGUAAAUUUGGUUGUGUUAUUUUGAGUAAUUCGUGGGUUGUUAUAUAAACUCGUAUCGUAUUCAGCUUGAUAUGAUUGAUCUUAAGUGUACAAUGAUAAAGGAUGAAACAUUAUUGUAAUCACAUGUACAAUUAAAACUACUUCGCUAAUUUACACGUUGUGUAUGUAUUUGAUCUGGUACGUUUAUUAUGUUCUCGGUCAUAUAUGGAUCGGUGUAUUGUAAUUUCUACUGAUGACCCAUUUAAGACGACUCACUGGUCAUUCACACGCGAGACCGAAUUCCUUGAUUUCCACAUUCGAAUGCGGGUCGUGGAUGCACAUUGUUGAGAAUUCUCAUAUUAGAGAAGACCUGCAGUCCAGUACCACCAGUUUCUCCAUGGAAGAUCACCUUUGAUCAGUUCGACAUUUAAACUGAUAAUCUGACAAAUUUUAUCGAGGGUAUGUUGAUUGUAUAGAAAAUAUGUUUACAGAUUCAAAAAAUUGAACUCCAUUCAUAGUUCAGAUAAAUUUAUACAUCAGAUGGGAUGCGACAUCGAAUUCUCUGCCAUAAGUCUAAUAUGAUAAUUGUGAAAAGUAAAGGUUAGUACAACAUGGCUCAAAUAAUAUUCUGCAGACUUUCUACAACUGACAUACAGCGUUAUAGUUCACACUUGAAGCGCAAAGCUAAAUCACUAUUUCUUAAAUAGGAAGUGCAAAUAAGCUUCAUGAAACUGUGAGAGGAUUUGUUCACACACAUUGGUGAAGUGACCACUCUCAGCGAAUUCUGAGUCUUCAUUUCAUAAACGGAGAAUAAGUUCUUUAAGAAAAUGUUCUUAUCGAACAUACAUAUUCAGUGAGAUUUGUUGACAACAACUGAAAGAUCAAUAUUCAAAAACAAUCAACUACUUUUCCAAAGCUCACUCUACUAUUCAGCUGCACAUGUAUACAUAUUUUGUAAUUCACAAGCUAUUCAUUGAAAUAAAAUUGUCGCUGUCCUCCAGUUGACUCAUUACUUACUUACUUACUUUCGCC